UAGUCCCACGAUUAUUGAUCAUACACCAUCGCAAAACCCUCAGAUUGAUUACAUUUUGUAAACGAUUUGAUUUGAUUUGAUUUGAUAUUUUUCUCUGAACCAUACUUGUGGAUCAUGGCCGAAAACGAUGCUCCAGUUACUAAUCAACCAGAGUUGGAGAUUGAUUUGGUACAGAAGGUUGAGAGUGAAGAGGAAAGGUUGAAGUACCUUGAAUUCGUACAAGUGGCGGUGCUUCAUGCAGUUCUUUACGCAUCAAAGUGUUAUGGGUAUGCCAAGAACAACUCCGGUCCGCUCAAACCGGGGGUGGAGACGAUAGAGGGUACCCUAAAGACCGUUGUCGGCCCUGCAUAUGAUAAGUUCCAUGAUGUCCCUGUUGAGGUUCUAAAGUUCGUUGAUCGUAAGGUAGAUGAGUCUGUCAACAAAUUUGAUAGCCGAGUGCCGCCAUUUGUGAAGCAUGUCUCAACCGAGGUGAAGACUGCUGGUGUGGUUGAAACUGCAUCCGGGCUUGCGAAAACCGCGUACACCAAGCUUGAGCCGGUUGCAGAGCACUAUGCUGUUUCAGCUUGGCACACACUGAACCAGAUCCCACUUUUCCCGAAGGUGGCCAAGGUGGUUGUACCGACAGCGGCUUACUAUUCUGAAAAGUACAACCAGACUGUGCAGCAGACAGCAGUGAAAGGAUACAAGGUUUCUUCUUAUCUGCCAUUGGUGCCCACUGAAAAGAUUGCUAAGGUGUUUAACUCCCCUGAGCAACAAGUUGGAAAUUGAAUCAUGAAUAUGUUUUCUUUUGGGAUUAUAUCUGAAGUCUUGUGAAUUGUGAUAUUGUUCUUGGGUUUUCGUAUGAAACUUUGUUAUGUUCAGUACCAGUGUGGCCAUUGAAAAAUGACCAUCCUAUCAUAUUUGUACAGUUUUAAGGUUUGAUAAUAUGGUAUGUUUGGUUUACCA